GACAGCCCGAAGUUUGAGCGAUCGAGCAAAGGGGAAGCAAAAUGGCGGAACUCGAAGAUGUUACGCUAGAUGGGAAACCGCUUCAUUCGCUCCGUGUGGCGGAUUUAAAAGCUGCCUUGGAACAACGAGGUUUGGCCAAAAGCGGUCAGAAAAAUGCGCUUAUCAAACGACUUAAAGGGGCUCUCAUGUUGGAGAACCUCCAGAGAACCUCAACCCCUCAUGUCGGUCUACAGCCCAACUCGCAGAUAGGGGAGGAGAUGAGCCAGAACAGCUUCAUCAAACAGUACCUGGCCAAGCAGCAAGAGCUGCUCCGCCAGAGAAUGGAGAGGGAGGCACGGGAAGCAUCUGAGGUGGAUGAUACAAACAGCCCUGCGGGCCCUGAGGAGGAUGACCACACAGCGGCCCAUGACGGCACUUCCUAUCUGCCUGACAAGCAUCACAUUAUACCGUCUCAUCCUGCUCUGUCACGAGCAGAAGACAAAGAAGGAGGGGAGCGGGUGGACGUUGUGCCACGGGACCCUGCUAUAGCAGCAGCUCGACGGCUGGAUAUGGGCUCAGCUGCAGUAGCCCAGGAGCCCCCUGACGCAUCUAUUGGGAGGAUCUGGCACCCAUCUUUCUCACAGGAGGAGGUUGCCACUCCCUCCCCUCCCCGUGCAGUCGCCUCUCUGUCAGUGCGUGUGGUUGGCCAGCCGGAAAGACAAGGCCUGCCACUCAUUGUGCCCCGCACGCAAGAACGAGAAGGGACCGCGCCGGUUGAAGCAGGCCCUGCCCACUCAACGCCUCAGUUCAGUCGAUCGGCUCGCGCUCAGGAGGACAGUGACGACGACGAUGACGAUGACGACGAUGACGAUAGUGACGAAGAUGACGAAUGGGGUCCAUCUUCUCACGGGAGAAAAAACGCACGCCCUCCUCCCGUGCACCAACCUCCAGUGGCGCAACGGUCGCGUCGCAAGCUCCAACCUCCACAGCACAUCCCACCCCAACCCCAAGCCGCCCACCAGCCCCCCCUGCAGCUCCGCCAGCCCACGCCUCCACCCUCCCCUCCCCCAGAGCUCUCCUUUCCUCUACCUGACACCCCCAAGCAGAGCCCCCCAGACCAGGAUGAACCUGCUGCCCCAGGAGAGGGUGCUGCUCCUGGGCUGGCUGGCAUCUCCUCCCCUCUGUCCUUCCAGAGGCAGGAGUCCAGCUCCAGCUCCAGGUCCAGCAGCCCGGAGCCGCCAUCCCAACGUAGGCCUGGGCCUCUCAGCCUGCUUGUGCGCAAGAUGGAGUCAGAGGGGGCUUUUAGUGCUGGGCAGAAAAAGGAGGAAGAUGACGAGGGAGAAGGAGCAAUGGAAGUGGGGGAGCAGGAGGAUGGGCGAGUGACUUCUGGUCCAGGGGUUCUCGUGUUCCCCAGGGGGAUGAACGAUAACAGCGGUGAUACAGACGCGGCUCCCCAUCAGAAGGGGCCCUCGGAGCAGCAGCUCAACGAGGCAGAGCCGUCGGCUGCGGUGCUCACCACAGCUGAGAUUGGCACUCCAGAGCUGGUGGCAACUGAGGAAGCUGAACAGAAGAAGGACAGAAGACCUCAGAAAUGUGACGAAGAGAGAGAGCCAGAGCAAAGGAGUGUGGAGGAGGAAAAAGAAGAGGAGUCUGUGAAAACAAGCCAUAGUUCUCCUGUUUUUUCGUGUAAACGUGGACGUGAGGCUUCACCCCCUCAGGCCUCUGCCCUCAUCAGUCAUACAUCACCCACCACCUCCCCACCCGCUAUUGCUAAGCGACCACGGAUCUUCUCUGAAGUUCCCCCACCUGAAUGCCUCGUGUUCUCUUCCAAACCGGAUCAGGUGUCGACCCUCAUGUCAGGACCCUGCCGUGCUGAUGUGGAUGUCUCCAUGGAGACUGAGGUACCCAGCGUGGUGCCUGAGUCGACAACUGAGAGCAAGGGAGAUGAAGAAAUGAAGCCUCAGGCAGAAAUAGAGAAACCGGCAUCUCCACGACCAGCAAAAUCAGUGGAAGAUGCUAAAAAGACCCCCUCUGUUCUUCCUCCCUCUCCACCACCAGAAGAUGGGGAAGCAGAGAAAGCAAGAGAAAAAGCCAGACAGAGACAGAAGUCAUCCGAACCACACUCGUCCCCCUCAAGCCAGUCUUCUUCCUCUGACUCUGAUUCUGAAUCCUCCUCCUCUAGUUCCCCGGGCUCUUCCCCACAAGCAAAAUCCACACAACAGAAGGAUGAAGAGGAUAAGCCAAAACGAGCAUCUCAUGCAGAAGAACAGAAGGUGGAAGCUUCCAGGGAUGUGAAGCAGGCUGCAGUUGCUGAGCCCACAGGCCCCGUUGCUAUGGAGCUCGAGGAACGGCCCGAGUCAGAGAGUGCCCUGAGCCAACCUGUAUCACAGGGGGCGCCAGAGGCUGGCGGGUCCCGCCCUGAUGAGAGCACCACUCCAAAAGCCUUUGCAGCACGCAAGAUUUCACUGACUACUGCUAAACCUGAGGGAGCAGCAGUGGAGGCGGAGUCUGGGGGCGGAGCCGGUAGGAAGAGGAGGUGGGGCUCUAGUACUGCAGUCACUGCCAAGAAGCCAUCGAUCAGUAUCACUACUGAAUCACUGAAGUCUCUGAUCCCAGAUAUAAAGCCUCUUCAGGAGGCUGUAGUGGAACUGCACCCUGAUGAAGGGCACUUCUCUGGGGACGAGGACGCUGGUCAGCAGGCCGAACACGACGACGACGACCAGGGCCUCAAGAUAAGGCGCACCGUAACACAGGUUGUUCCUUCUGAAGGACAGGAAAAUGGACAGAAAGAAAAAGAAGACGAGGAAGAUGAGGAAGAGGAGCAUGCGGAAGGGGAUAAGGAAAAAGAGAAGCCCCACAGGAAACAGAGGAGCGAGAGCUUGACGGAGGUUACCAUGGAAACCCAGGAGAGUGAUCCUAAGAAAGUGACUCCCAAUGAUUCAGUGGUGAGGCGCUCCAUCAGUCAGCUGAAGGUGGGUGUGUCCGUCACCAUCGAUGAUCCCGUGCGCACUGGCCGCCAGCUCUCCCCUCACCGCGGCAAACCCUCCCAAAUCAUCCAUAUCUGCAACCUGGUACGCCCUUUCACCCUGGGCCAGCUGAAGGAGCUGUUAAAUCGGACCGGUGCAGUGGUAGAAGAGGGCUUCUGGAUCGAUAAGAUCAAAUCUCACUGCUAUGUCACUUACUCUAGUACAGAGGAGGCAGUCGCAACUCGAGAGGCUCUGCAUGGUGUGAAAUGGCCGUCCAGCAAUCCCAAAGUGCUCAGAGUGGACUUCUGCGAACAAGACGAGUUGGACUUCCAUAAGGCCCUGCUGACUGGUGAGGACCCACGAGUCCCUCCACCGCCGGGCCGCCCCACUGCUCCUGCUCCCCUCCUGCCCCCGAGCCGUGAACGGGAGGCUGCAGCCACCACGCCAACUCCCGCGCCGGCGCCCAUCAGGGACCAGUGGGCGGAGCGCGAGCGUGAGAUGGAACGCAGGGAGAGGACUCGUUCAGAGCGCGAGUGGGACCGGGACAAGGUGCGCGACUUCGGCCGCGAUGAGCGGGACACCACUCGCAGGUCCCGCUCGCGUGACCGGGACAGGAGACGCAAGGAGCGCGGAAAGAGCAAAGAGAGGAGGUCUGAGAAAAAAGAUAAACCAGAAGAGCCUCCAGCCAAACUGCUGGAUGAUCUGUUCCGUAAAACCAAAGCAGCUCCUUGUAUAUACUGGCUGCCACUAACUGAAGAACAGGCAGCUCAGAGGAGUCUGGAGAGAGCUGAGCGGAUGAAGGAGCGAGAGAAAAGAAGGAAGGAGCUUCAGGAGGAGGAGGAGAAGAAACGUGAGGAAGAGCGGAAAGAGAGAGCACGGGGGCGUGAAAAAGAGGGAGGAAACGCAGGGGGCGGGGUAGGUGGCUCUGGCCGUACAGCUGAAGGAGAGAGAGAGAGAGAUAGAGAGAGAGAUAGGGAGAGAGAGAGAGAGAGGGAGAGGGAGAAAGGCAGAGAGAAAGAGGGUGAGAAAAAGAGAGACAGCAAUAGAGGCCGAGCCAGUGACUCCAAGACUGCAGGGGGCGGCAGGCGCUCAAGAAGCCGCAGCAACCCAUCCAGGGACAGGCGGCACUGAGCCUGUGUGUGAGGAGGGGAAAGCAGCAUUUGUGUGUGUGUGCGUGCGUGUGUGUGUGUGUGUAUGUAUGUAUGUGUGUGUGUGUGUGUGUGAGUGAGUGAGAGAGAGAGAGAGAGAGAGAGAGAAAGAGUGAGUGAAUGAGUGGCGUACUUUGAAUGCUCUUUCUUGUCUACUGGUGCCCAAGUAUGAAUCAAAGGUUCCAGUGCUGAAAAUCUUGUUGUUUCAAGGAUUUACACUCUUCACUUUUUUUUUCUUUUUUUUUUAAACUAAAAAAAAGGACACACUUAACGUGCAUACACAUAAUUAGCGUCUCACUCGUACUGUUGUAUCUGCUGUACACCUUUCUUAUUUCAGGGGCUUCCAUCUUUUUUUUCUUUUCUUUUUUUUGCCAAGUUGAUGUAGAAAUCUUUGUUUUCAGACUGAGGUUUGUGUAUGUAUCAAAGACCCUCAUUCUUGGAGAGGAUUCAUGUAGUCUAAGGUUCUGAGUGGCUAUGACUAUUCUACCAAGAAAGGGUAAUUGAUGCUUCAUUUUUUUUUUUUUUUUCCACUCCUGAUUUUUAUUUUAAUUUUUUUAAAUGAAAUCUUGUUUAGAGCCGGCGGGCAGUAAACGUAGUGUGGGAUUGAGGUUUUUUUUUUUGUUUGUUUUUUUUAAGUUCUAGAUAUUUCUUGUUUUAGGACUUUGAAUUAAUUUAUUUCUGUUGACAAUGUUCCCCUUAAGUAAAUUCUUUUUGCCAUCGAAUUUGGUUAAACCUGUUGUGUAUUUGAGCCACAGCCUCUAUCAGACCCUUUCAGACCCUAGUGCACUGAACGACUGACUACUAUUGCCUAUCUCCAGAGUCAUGGUUUAGAAGGGUGCUGUCAUGAAGGAAAGCAGGUGGUUUGGUUAGUGUGUCUCUUCACACCCUGUCCCUUUGUCGGGUGUCCCGCUGUUCUUCUGUUCCAGUUUGUAGUCCUCUACGUUCUUCACCAUUUACCCUCUGUGAAGCAUAAGGGAGAACCCAAUCCUUUAUAGACAAGAGAGGAACAAUACAAGUUUUAAGGAUGUUUUAAAAAAAAUUUUUUAGUUUGAAAAUGAGAGAUUCCUAUUUGCUUUUUGAUUUAUUUUUCUUCUCUUCUGUAUGCAGAAUGUACAAAGAAUAAUAAAAAAGGUGAAUAAUGAAAA